CCUCCUCCCCUACUGUAUAUCCCCACGCCUCACCUACACGCCUCCCCCCACUGUAUAUCCCCACGCCCUCACCCACACGCCUCCCCCACUGUAUAUCCCCACCCCAUCCCCACGCCUCACCUACACGCCUCCUCCUCCCUACUAUAUCCCCACGCCCUCACCCCCUCCUCCCCUGCAUAUCCCCACGCCCUCACCUACACGCCUCCCCACUGUAUAUCCCCACGCCCUCACCUACACGCCUCCUCCCUACUGUCCCAGGUCCCUGAUGCAGGUCCUAGGUCCUGAUGAGUCCCAGGGUCCCCGAUGGUCCCCAGGCCCUGAUGUAGGUCCUAGGUCCCUUGAUGCAGGUCCCAAGGUGUCCCUGAUACCUCAACAAAAGCCACGAGGACCAAGUAAACCAUCAGUACCACAAAGACCCACCAGAACCCAAGAGGACCCACCAAGAACCCAAGAGGACCCACCAGAACCCAAGAGGACCCAAGAACCCCAGAGGACCCACCAGAACCCAAGAGGACCCACCAGAACCCAAGAGGACCCACCAGAACCCACGAGAACCCACCAGUACUCCAGAGGACCCACCAGAACCCAAGAGGACCCACCAGAACCAAGAGGACCCACCAGAACCAAGAGGACCCACCAGAACGAGAACCAACAGAACCCAAGAGGACCCAGAACCCAAGAGGACCCUACCGAACCCACGAGACCACUAGUACCCAAGAGGACCCACCAGAACCCAAGAGGACCCACCAGAACCCAGAGAGACCAACAGAACCCAAGAGGACCCACCAGAACCCAAGAGGACCCACCAGAACCAAGAGACCCACCAGAACCCAAGAGACCCACCAGAACCCCAAGAGACCCACCAGAACCCAAGAGGACCCACCAGAACCCAAGAGGACCUCACAGAACCCAAGAGGACCCACCAGAACCCAAGAGGACCCACCAGAGCCCCAGAGGACCCACCAGAACCCAAGAGGACCCACAGAACCCCAGAAGGACCUACCAGAACCCAAGAGGACCCACCAGAACCCCAAGAGGACCUACCAGAACCCAAGGACCCACCAGAACCCAAGAGGACCUCACCAGAACCCAAGAGGACCCACGAACCCAAGAGACCUACCAGAACCCAAGAGGACCCAACAGAACCCAAGAGGACCCACCAGAACCCAGAGGACCUAACAGAACCCAAGAGGACCCACCAACCCAAGAGGACCUAACAGAACCCAAGAGGACCCACCAGAACCCAAGAGGACCCCACCAGAACCCAAGAGGACCCACCAGAACCCAAGAGACCCACGAGAACCCAAGAGGACCCACCAGAACCCAAGAGGACCCAAUGAACCCAAGAGGACCCACCAGAACCCAAGAGGACCCACCAGACCCCAGAGGACCCACCAGAACCCAAGAGACUCUAAAGAACCCCAAGAGGACCCACCAGAACCCCACAGAGGACCACCAGAACCCAAGAGGACCCACCAGAACCCAAGAGGACCCACCAGAACCCAAGAGGACCCACCAGAACCCAAGAGGACCCACCAGAACCCCAAGAGACCUACCAGAACCCAAGAGGACCCACCAGAACCCAAGAGGACCCACCAGAACCCAAGAGGACCCAAAGAACCCAAGAGGACCCACCAGAACCCAAGAGGACCCACCAGAACCCAAGAGGACCCACCAGAACCCAAGAGGACCUACCAGAACCCCAGAGGACCCACCAGAACCCAAGAGGACCCACCAGAACCCAAGAGGACCCACCAGAACCCAAGAGGACCCACCAGAACCCAAGAGGACCCACCAGAACCCAAGAGGACCCACCAGAACCCAAGAGACCCACCAGAACCCAAGAGACCCACCAGAACCCAAGAGGACCCACCAGAACCCAAGAGGACCCAACCAGAACCCAAGAGGACCCACCAGAACCCAAGAGGACCUACCAGAACCCAAGAGGACCCACCAGAACCCAAGAGGACCCACCAGGAACCAAGAGACCACCAGAACCAAGACCCACCAGAACCCAAGAGGACCCACCAGAACCCAAGAGGACCACCAGAACCCAAGAGGACCCACCAGAACCCAAGAGGACCCACCAGAACCCAAGAGGACCCACCAGAACCCAGAGACCCACCAGAACCCAAGAGGACCCACCAGAACCCAAGAGGACCCACCAGAACCCAAGGGGACCCACCAGAACAAGAGGACCCACCAGAACCCAAGGACCCACCAGAACCCAGACCCACAGAACCCAAGAGGACCCACCCCCAGAACCCAAGAGGACCCACCAGAACCCCAGAGAGAGAACCCACCCCAGAGACCCACCAGAACCCAGGACCCACAGAACCCACCCACCAGAACCCAAGGGACCCACAGAACCCCAGAGGACCCACCAGAACCCAAGAGGACCCACCAGAGCCCCAGAGGACCCACCAGAACCCAAGAGGACCCACCAGAACCCAAGAGGACCCACCAGAACCCCAGAGGACCCACCAGAACCCUAAGGACCCACCAGAACCCAAGGACCCACCAGACCCCAGAGGACCCACCAGAACCAAGAGACCCACCAGAACCCAAGAGGACCCACCAGAACCCAAGAGGACCCACCAGAACCCAAGAGGACCCACCAGAACCCAAGAGGACCCACCAGAACCCUAGAGGACCCCAGAACCCAAAGACCCAGCAGGACGUGGCAAGGGCAGCGUGA